AUGAAUAAUCACGUAUAUAGCUAUAUUGAUAAAUUAAUUAGAGAACAUAAAAUAAUAGUAUUUAUGAAAGGAGAAAAGUUAAUGCCAAUGUGCAGCUUUUCAAAUACAGUAGUAGAAAUUUUAAAUAGUUUUCAUAUUGAUUAUCACAUCAUCAAUGUGCUGAAGAAUGAUAAGAUACGAAAAGAUAUUAAAUUGUAUUCACAAUGGCCAACUAUUCCCCAAGUUUAUAUUAAUGGUGAAUUUAUUGGUGGGGCAGAUAUUAUUUUGGAUUUAUAUCAAAAAUUACAAUUACAAGAAAUAUUAGAAAAAUCUAUUAAUUCUUAA